AUGAGUCCUCCAUACGCUAAGUUGACUCGGCGAAGAGGUGCAUGUGAAGCAUGCCGUCAGAGAAAGGAUCAAUUGGUAAUAUCGUACCAGCGCAGCGAAACCCAAUGUGAAUAUAAAAUACGUCCCCUACGACAUCGAGCACAAGGGACUGAUAUCCAGAGUCCUGGGGAGAAUACCUCUACAGCUGGACAACUGUACGUUUCCAGUAGUGAUACGAUGUAUAAUCCAUUAGGUCUAGAUUCUUCCACAGAUAAUGUUAUCAGCCAGGCUACGGGGAUUUUAGGAUAUUCUUUGCCUACACCAGCUAGUGAGGGGUAUUUCUCGCAGUUAGUAGGAGACACCUGGUACUCUUCUCAAAAUCUUCCUCUCCUGGAGGAAAUGACCCCGGACAUUAGCCAAGCUGAACCCACAGAGCUAGGCGAACAGAUACAAAGUUUCCAGGACCAGAUGCAGACUCACACCCUCAUAAACGAUACUCUCACGCUAGAGUGGCUUGCAUCAAACAGUGACCAAAAUCUGGACUACCACAUCGUCACGCAACGCCCUGACUCCCUACAAACGAGACUGGACAGUACUAUUGCUGAUUGUACGCUUGCAUUACUCUCACAACGAAUAUCAGCUGAAACAGGAGUGGCAAAACCGUUCCUAAAUCACAGAAUCCACGGCAUAACUGCCCUUUUCAGAUACACAGAUCAGAUGAGCCAUAGAAAACAGGCAGUGCUGGCCAAAAUCAAAGCACUGCUCUCUUCAGAGAACCAUACUUGCAUUUCCAAUCUCUUGCACAACACUCAUUUCAGCGAAGAACAUCAGGGCUUGAACCUGAAUACCCUCCCCAUAAAGAGGCUUAUCCAAAAAGCAUUCCAGGACAUAGGAAGUUUAAGUCUCUUUAUUAAUGAACAAGAUAUUAUGCCUAUACAAGAGAGACUUUUUGAUCCAGAGCGACCCUCUAUAGAUGUUAGCGAUAUGUCUUUACUGUUGACUUCGCUAGCCUGGGGAGCUUUAUUAGAUUCGGAAGUAGCUCUUGGUACCAAAUCAGCGCUACUAGAUGCUCUCUGUCUUUUUGAGAGAGUAGGGUCAGAAAAUUUACCUGCGGUUACACUAGCUAGUGUUUCGACCGUAGCAUCAUUGGGCCUCCAUCUAGAAUCUGCUCUUCACAGUUCUUGCGUUAGUGAUGAGCAGGUUAUUCAGAGUAAGCGAGCUAUGUGGAUGCUCUACUGCAUUGACAAGUCUUAUGCAUUGAGGUGGAAUACCUUCUCUUUAGUUGAUAGCGCUUCUCUUCCAGCCUUGGAAAUUUCCAACAAGACGCUGCAGAGCGAUGAUUCGACUGUGACAUCCUUACGAUGGCUGUUAGUCCGGUUGCAGUACUCUAGAAUCUGCUCGAAGAUCCUUCAGCUCCGCAUAGGCGCCGACGGAGAGCCGUCCAAAGACCGCCUGGAUAUAGCCCUGGCAUUGUCAGCAAAGCUAGAUGAAUGGUAUAGGUUAGCUGAAACAAACCAGAUGAUGCUCUUACUAGACACUAGCGAUGCUUCGCGCCUCAAACUCCAGGUGUCCUAUUACUAUUACGAAGCCCAGUUCCAAUUGGCAAGUGUAUAUCCACGGGGCCCCGAACCAUCAUUGCCUUUAGGACCUGGACAACGCAUAGGAUCGCUCAGGUCGUCUAUUAAGGCGAUAAUUUUAUCCUCUAGCACGUUAUCAUUGGAAGACGUUUUCCAAAACUGUAACCAUUUAUUUAUGCACAUUCUUGCUUUAUGCUUUUUAGGACUAGAGAUUCUCAUGGUGUCAGAUCAGGAAUCUCAGAGGGAGAAUCAAACUUUACUAAGCAUUUCUGUUUCUCUUUUUGCCAGAGUCAGUAUUGAGUUGCCACAUAGCUCUUUCUUUGGGGCAAUAUCUAACCUAGCUAAUAUGCUCACGGACCACCACGUUUAUAGCGAGUAG